UACAAUGAUAAUAAGAAUGGUAUUGAGGCAAAGCUUCGAAAUCCACCAACUAUUUGAAAUAUAGCGAAUUUUUCAAGGGCAUUUGGCGCUUUCCUUUCAGGCUCAUUUCCUGCGCAAACAUCGAAUGACAGGAAGAUUGUAUUUAUUGUUAUGCUGUUGAUCUUUCUUGACAACUCGAUUGUUUUCAUGUCCUCUUGUUCACACAAAGACCCUACUAUGCUUGGUGCGCGGAUUUGCUGAACAGAGCACCUUGUGGAAACUGCGGGAACGAAAAAUGCCAAAAGAACUUGAGGAUUGUUAGCGGUUAGGUUCGGGUUGACAGGUCCAUAGAUUGGAUGGCCUUCGACAAUGUACGACAAGUUACCAAAUUCGCGAAUGAAGGAAACUAUAAAGUUGUAUACAAAUAUGUGUCAUGCUUAUCGGAGCCACGACCACUUAGUUAAAACAGUGGGAUUUCAGUAUGAGCAGCGCCUUGUCGACUUUUAACAGCGGGAAAUUUCACCAUUUGGACGUUGAUCUUUGAGGGAAAAGAGAUUACAGGUCCAAUUUCACAAGGUCGUUUAACGCAGCUCGCGCUCAACAAUAUGGUUAUGUAGGCACCAUUUAUUGUGAUGGGAGACACUAGUAGAAAAGGUCGUUCUGCAAAGAAAACUAAAAAUUCGAUCAGUUGUUUGUUAUUACGUAGAAAUCGAAGGAGAGCUAGCAGUGAGCCCCCGAAAGGAAAGCGAUUUGAUAGAGAGAAGGCCUGCAGUGCAAGGACGUUGAAACCACGGAAAAUACCAAGAGAUGAGGGCUACUCGGAGGCAAGAAAUUCAGAAUCGGAUAGUGGAUUUUUAUCAUUUGAAAGUAUUGGAUCGAAAAGGAGCAAUGUAUCGAGUUUAUCAAUGAACCAGUAUAGUGGGAAUUUUGAUAAUGUACAGAAGGAAAACGAUGAACGUUUACAGAGUGGUUACUUUGUGGGAAACGAUACACCACCGUUGCAGGAACGACCAGAUGACGAUCGGGGAUUUGAUCAACCAGACAUCGUCGAUUUAAAUUAUAAUUUAGAUAAUAGUUUUGUACAGGAACAGCAAUACGAUUCGGACGGCGUGUCAAUACGCUCAAACGGGGAAUGCGUUCGCUGUUUUUGUUUACCAAGGAUUUUUAAAUCGCACAAUUCUAGACGAAAUAAUACAAAGCGUGGCAGCUCGGCUACGUCGUACUCAGAAAAACUUGAUGAUAGUGUGUUUGAUUUACGUGGCAGCAGUCUGUUGCGAACAAUAUCAGACUUACGAAGCUCGAUAGCUGAGGGCAGUAGAAGUGAGGAAGAGCAAUGUUUUCUUAAGCUUGUUUACAAUGAACACCGUUGUGUUGACCCUAGCUUUUGUAAGAAAGCAAAAUUUACAACUUUGAAUGCACAUUUGCGUACCCUUGUCGACUGUAUGCCACAGACUUACUGUGAAUGUGAGAGUAAACGAACUUGGACCAAUUAUAUACUAGACGAAAUAGGCUAUGUACCACAUAGGAGAAAUGCUGUAUGCGAAACUGAGGAUAGGACCAGGGAAACUGUUUGCAAAGCGUUUUGCAGUUUCAUGACACUGAAAGCGCUGUUGCGAUACGACUUGCUGUGAAAUCUGAUCAUGAAAGGUGAAGCAGUUGGGUCUUCACCUGUGGUAUUGUCGGAAUGCGUAAGUUAUUAACACAACGCAUGAUGGUCAAACCAUCUCGAGCGAAUUUCCCCUGUUUAUUCCCGCCACUGGUACCCUCUUCAUUACCAGUUACCCCAAAUCUAUGCAUUUCAUUUUACAAUGCAUAAUACGGGGAGGAAAUUACUGAAACCGAUAAGUAUCCUAAAGCGACGUUGCGUCGGAAGUUGUCAUGUCGUGACUACCAAAGGAAAAGUAUCAUCAACCACGGAGCCUGGGACCAAAUAUUCUUGUCCGGAGGCAGUUAUGGAAAGGCGAACAUGUCGGAAUACCUCGAGAAAACGAGUCACUUUUAAAGAUUUGCCCCAGAAAAAGCUGUACACUCUCAAAUCAAGGCCUAGGAACGGUUGAAGUAUCAAUCAAUUAUUCUAAUAUUGACUAAUAGUUAGAAACACAGGCUAACCAAUUUUUAAUUUCCCUGAGGCAGGUGACACAGUUUCAGUUGUAUAAUGAACACCUUUCACUAGACUUUCAAAUGAAAGAUCAAAGAAAUAUGUAGACCUAGAAAUAAGAUUUCAAAAAGCUUGUUAAGUGUAGCUGAAGAAGCCUCUAAGGUCAUAUGUGUUUUUGUCUAGAUCAAAGUACCAAUAUAAGAUUAAGGAUACAAAGUUAAGCCAAUUUAAGUUAAGAAGCUUGUACCACUGGUGAUUUAUUGUAUUGAAAGAAGAUUUAGAGGUUAAACACAAUUAUGUUUUUAAGUUUCAUGUGGAAAUUUGUCUACCAUAUGAUACACAUUGUGUUUUGAUAUUGUUUUUUUACUAUAAGACUGUCUGAUUUCGUUUAAUGUGAAUGUCACAUGAAAAAGUGAAAAGAUAAGCAUUAUUGAUAAAGACAGGUCAAGUUUUAAGCCAUUUAUCUCAGUCAAGAGUUGAAUUCAUUCAAAAGGGUAGUCUUUUAUCACAUAUUCUAAUGUUAAAAACAAAAACUAAGAGGCUAUCAUAUUGUACGGACCUGGGGGUCUUGUAGGGACCUUAAGAUGGUAGGGCCAAUUUGGCUAGCCCUCUCUUCCAUUUUGCUUGCACCAGGAAGGCUACAAGGAAUAUUUAGGUUUUGAAUUGCACAUAGAUCAAAUUAAUGUUUGCUUUUAUAAUAGCCUGUGGUAUGUUUGAAUGCAGAUUCACUGUUUUGUGAACAAAUCCUCCAAUUAUCUUUCAUAUUAAAAACAAGCUUUCCCUUUUAUUUCUAGCCCUCUUUGUAAAUUUAAGUACAAAAAUAUUCUUGGUCAAUCCCAGCCUGUCUGUGUCACUUGUCUUUGUUGGAAACAUUAGGUUUUAUUAAGUAGUAUACAACAAAUGUACAAACGUUAAUCAGCUUUUUUUGCCAAAAACUUCUUCGUAUGUUUUUGGUUUUCUUUUAGAGAGAUCAUAAGAUUCUUACAGUGCACUGAAGCUUUAAUGGUGUCAUGAAAAUCUCUGAAAAGUAAAUAACAUUCAAAAGAUACUGAGAAGAAUCUAGAUAAAACAAUAUCAGUGCUUGUAACCUGUUAUUAUUGAUAUUGAAAGAAAAACAAAACUUUUUGGAUAUAUUUGCCAAAUUCCAUGUGAUUUAUUGUUCUUUUGCAAAUUUUUUGUGUAUUUGGGCAGUGAAAUCUGUUGUAAUAACAAUAAUUUAUCCAUCACAAAUGCGAUACCACAGGGUUUUUCUUGGCACCAUUAAAGUUUUUGUAAUAAAAUAUUGUAUAGUGACUUCACCUGCAAAAGUCAUUAUUUCAUCCUUGGAUUUCAUUGAAACUAAGGAUAAUUGUUUUGUAAAUUGUAUGCAAUGUUAAUGUCAAUGUUAAAUUCAAUCACUUUGUAGAUGCGUCAUAGCUUAUUCACUUAGUUCACAGAAGAAUCCAGAAUUCAGGAUUCAUUUGAUGGAUACCUGCUUAAAUUUCACUCUUGUCAAGUGGCCAGAUUAAUUCUUGUCAAGGAUUUAUUUCCUUUAGCAAAAAGGCAGCAAUUUAUCAUGCAUAGUUUAAUCUAGACUAGUUAAAAAAGUUGCUGUAAGAAGCAUAAUCUGGAUAUUCUGAAGAAAAAAACAAGAAAAGUUGGUAGUUAAAGCAAAACAUUUAGGAAGCAAUUGCAUUUUGCAAAAUUUUGCCUUAAGAAACAGCCUUAAGAAACUGGAGUAGUUCAAUGAAAUUAGCCCAGUUGUAAGCUCCAGUUAUUUGCUGGAAAAAUUGUUCUGUGUCACAAUUUCCUUUUAUUUUUACCAAGUUAGAUUAAGCAUUGAUGUGGUCCCCUUGAAUUACAACAUAUUUAUUUAUCAUUACAAGUUUCACAUCUGCAAGCUUUUCCACUUGGCCUCUGAUAAAAUCAGUGAUUGGAGAAUUUUACCAUUGACAUAUUUAACAGUAUAAAUUGAAAAGAAUUACAUAUAUUCUGUAUAGAAUAAUAUUAUUGCUUAAAAUCCAAUGUCAUUCAUUUACAUGGUAAAGUUAACCAGAAUUUGUCAUCAUUUUAAGUGCAGAAAAAAUUGUACCAACUCUUUGUGCUAGAUUCUUCCCUUCGCGGUAUUCUUUGUUCAUUAACGUUUUGCUAAGACUUAAUAAAUGGGUUAUAUUUGUCUGUUCGUAAGUUUUGCCUGGAGGUGAAACUUUGAUAUUACCUGGAGGUAAACCUUUGAUAUAUCACAGGAAAUUUUCUAGGUAAAUAUGCUGCCUUCUCUUUAACAAAAUACGACUCAAAGCUAGAACUAUAGUUUUGGCUGUUGGUCGCAGCAAAUAAACAAGCAAAAGCAACCGGUUCGAUUAAAGGGGAUUGUUGAUUUGAUUCAAUUGUUUUAUCAAGACGAAAAACGUACGUUCAUCUAAUUUUGUUCAUUGAAACAGGCAUAAACGAGCUAAUCCCAAAUAAAUAAAAUGCCCCCGAAUUUAUUUGGAAAGUAACCCGUGCUUAUAUCUAUCAUCUGUUGUCCCGCUACGCUUCAUUUAUAUUAGGUAGUUUUCCCCAUCUUGCAGAAUCGAAUUUUCAAGGAAAAAUUAAGUCCUUUCUUGAUAUAUGUGUUUAUUCUGUCUUCUUAUGUUGGUAGAAUUUGUCUCUAUUUAGAGUUUAUUAAGAUAUUUAUGCUAUCAUAAUUUGCAAGUGCGUACUGCCGUUUAACGUUCGGUUAAAACGGUAGCCACAAUGCUUAUUAAAUGUAGAUUUAACUUUCUCUAAGAUGAAAGCGACAAGAAAUGAUGAUGAAUA